GCUGUGCUCUCGCCAGCCUUCACUUCUUCUCCAACCAUGGGAUCUAUUGCUUCCCCCAAUCGGCCCACCCCGGCCGACAUCACCAUCAAUAAUUACAAGCCAGGAGACCCGGAUCGGAUUCUCUUCCAGAAUGUCCGGAUUCUAGAUUCCACUGGGUGCCUCCCUUAUCUCGGCGACGUGCUUAUCCAAGAGGAACGCAUCGUAGCGGUAGGGCAGGUUGACCCGGCUGCCGCCACGGGAACCUUUAUCAUCGAUGGCGGCGGCAAGAAGACCUUAAUGUCGGGCCUGGUGGAUGCGCACACUCACCUCAGCUUCAACAACGCGAAAAGCACCGAGGGCCUUGUCAACAUGCCACUAGAAGAGCAUGUGCUCGCCACGGCUCAAUCGGCCAAAACGUAUCUCGACUGCGGCUAUACCAUGUGCUUCGGAGCUGCGGCCGCUCGGCCCCGACUGGACAUUGCCGUCAAAGCAUCCAUCAAAUCCGGCCUCAUCCCCGGCCCCCGAACCCUGGCCAACACCCCGGAGAUCACUACCACAGGGGGCGCCAUCAUCCCCGAAAUCGCGCGGUCUGCAGAUGGGCCACACGAGAUGCGCAAAACCGUGCGGGAAUUCAUCGAGCUGGGGACAGACAACAUCAAACUCAGCUUGACGGGCGACAACAUCGUCGACAAUAUGCCUAGUGACGAGACCUAUUUUACCCUUGAAGAAACGGUGGCCGCCGUAGAGGAGGCCCAUAACCGUGGGAAGCGCGUCUGUGCCCACGCCAGGAGUGAAGCCUCCGUUAAGCUGUGCCUGAUGGCAGGAGUCGACGUGAUCUACCAUGCCAGCUUCGCCGACGAGGAGAGCAUGGACAUGCUGGAGCAGAAAAAGGACUCGGUGUUUGUGGCGCCAGCUAUCAACUUACCUCUCGCCACCUGUGCGGGCGAGGGGGUUCCUUAUGGUUUCACCGUCGAGAUGGCUGAAAAGAAGGGCGUCAAGGAGGAGGUCGAAGCAGCGUGUAAGACCAUGACGGAGAUGCAUCGUCGAGGCAUACGUGUUCUUCCGGGCGGUGAUUAUGGCUUUGCGUGGGCUCCGCACGGCACGUAUGCGAGGGAUUUGCAGCAUUUUGUCGAGCAUUUCGGCUACACUCCCAUGGAGAGUAUCCUGGCAGCCACAGCCUUGGGCGGGGAAAUCAUGGGCCACCCAGAAGAGUUGGGCAAGGUGCAGCCAGGAUACUAUGCCGAUGUGAUCCUGGUGGAUGGGGAUCCUCUCGAAGAUAUUGCCAUUUUUCAAGACACCUCGCGUUUGCAUGCGAUCGUGAUCAAUGGGCAUAUCCAUAAGCUGGUUGAUCCAUCGGGUACUGCUCACUGAGAUCUCGUCAAUAGAACUCAGUAACAGCCAGUUGUAUCCCUAUGAAACGUUGUCAAUAUUCCAAAGAGAUGAACAUGAACAAUCGGUUGAAUAUUCAAUCCGAUGCCUGUGGAUUUAAUAGCUGUGUUGUGGUGUCGUGUAAUGUCAGACAAUGUAUGGUUUCCAGUACGUGUU